GUUGAUUUAAAGCGCUAGAACGAACAACCGCGAAGUGAUUCGAGAUUUCCAAAAAAAAAAAAAUAAAUAAAUAACUAAAAUAAUUUACAUAAAUAAUUUAAAAAUCAUAUACGAAAAAAUGCUGUUUAAUCUGCUUAUUCAACUCUUGUGCGCGGCGGCUGCGAUCCAGGCCAGCGUCUAUAUACCCGACUCGGAUCGCAAUACGCGCACCUUGCACAACGAGCUGGAUGUGAGUCCGGAUGGCAGCUAUCGGUAUGCCUAUGAAACGUCCAAUGGCAUUGCGGGCGAACAGUCCGGCCUGGGAGGCAUUGCGGUCCAGGGCGGCUCCAGUUACACCUCGCCCGAGGGCACGCCCAUCAGCAUUAGCUAUGUGGCCGAUGAGAAGGGUUACUAUCCCGUUGGCGAUCAUAUACCCAAGGUGCCGGAUUAUAUACUGCGCUCGCUGGAGUACAUACGCAAACAUCCCUACCAAAUCAAGGAUUACUAUACGGGCGAAAUUAAGACAGUUGCCCACGAUGCGGAGGCCUUCAAGGUAUACGAGCGCAACAUUCAGGAGCCCACAACGCCCCGCACCCGGUCCAGCACCACGCCCAAGGUGAUCCGUCUGACGCAUGCGCCCACAACUCAGUUGGCGAGCAGACGACGACGCUGAUUGAAAGAUUUGGCGGCGGCAACGGGGGGCGGGGCGCGGGCCCGACAGGGAAUUGGCAACUUGCAGAGAAGCCAAACACACACACACACACAAACUGUGAAUUUGAUCUAAACAAUUAAUUAAGCGACAAUAAAUAGAAGUGUUAAGCCAAGCAAAAUGAGU